ACCGACUUGAUGGACAUGAGUUUGAGAAAGCUCUGGGAGUUAGUGUUGGACAUGGAAACCUCGUGUGCUGCAGUCCAUGGGGUAGCAAAGAGUCAGACAUGACUGAGUGACUGAACAGCAGCAGUCAUUUUUAUAGUUUCAGUCCUUCUACUUCCAAAAGUGUAUUUCUACUUUAAGUAAAAAGCUAUAUAUAUUUAAGCUUAAUUUUUGAUCGAGAGAAAAUGAAUUAUUUAGUAAAAAGAGUUUUAGUCACAAGUCUACUGUAUUAAUAAUUUACCCCUUAGUUGUAUGUGAUAUAUGAUUUUCUUUGCAUUUACCAGCCCUACUUAUCAGUAGUAUAUCAUUUUAAAUUAUUAUUAUAAGAUUGCAUACUUAUCAAAGUUUUCAUUUUGACUCUAUUUUAAAGCCUUUUGUUUUUUUCUGUUUACUUUUUGAACGAAUCAAAGACCAAAAAUGAGUGGAAUGCUAUAAGUUAAGCAAGCCAAACCAAAAAUCUGUUAUAACCUUUAUUAAAUACUAAAUGAAGAAAAGAUAAAAAAAAAAAAAAAGCCCUACAAAAUUCCAACUGAUAAUUACCCUAUUCAGACAUUGGUGAAUAUGUCCCUCAAUCCAAGUCGACCUUCUUCUUCAGAGUUGGUGGAACUUCAUGUUUUUUAUGUACCUGAAGGAUCAUGGAAUUAUAAGUUAAAUACCAUUUCAAUAGAAGUUGUUAACAAAUUCAUUUCAGCUGGAUUUAUAAGAGUAUCUCCUCACCUAACUUUACAAGACCUGAGGGAGCAUCUCAGUGAGUUCCUUGGUGAAGAAGCUGUUGCAGAAAAAUUUUUAUUUCUCAAAUGCAUUGGAAAUAAUCUAGCUGUAGUGAAGACAAAGCAAGAAUCAGAACUGAAACUCAAAUCAUUUGUUCCUCCAUAUGCCCUUCAACCAGAAUUAUAUUUGCUUCCUAUAAUGGAUCAUUUAGGAAAUAUUUAUUCAGCAUCAGCAGCAGUUUCUUUCAAUAAACAACAGACUAAUAGCGGUGUUGCUGAGCCUGACGGAGUAAUACACAGACCACUUAGUAUAACUCCGUCAAAGGAAGAACCUGCAACAGAUCCCAGUUUUUUAGAAAAUGCUUUGAAAGAACUUCUUGACAAGAAUCAGGAAGAAGCAUCAGCUGGGGGAAAAGCUACUCCAAAUGAGAAUCAGAUCGGAAAUAAUCAAACUGGAAAUCCUGAAUUGCCACGAUCACAGGAAGAUUCAGAUAAUGAUUAUUUUAGUGACAGUAAAAGUCAGUUUCUUUGGAAAAAUGAAGAUGAUAGAGCUAAUAUCAUUAGAAGAGAGGAUAAUCAGCUAGGUAAAACAGAGUACAUCCCCCUACCAGAUCUUAUUGAUUUUCCUUCACUUCCUUGUCAACCUGCUCUUUCUCCAGGAAUAACUGAUAAAUCUCUAUCACAGAUUGAGAGGGAGAAGAUUAUUGAGCAAAUGAAACAAGUAAAGGAAGAAAGAAGAUAUCUGGAAAGAAUUAGAGAAGAACUAAUGAAAAAAGCUGAAAGGCUAUUGGAACAAAGCAAAUUAAAGCACUAUCAUGCCUGCAGUGUUUGGAAAAAAAAGUGCUUUGAAACAAAGAAAGUUACAGCAUCAUUGGAAGAAGUUUUAACAAAACUUCGAGAAGAUUUGGAACUUUACUAUAAAAAAUUGCUCAUGCAACUUGAAGCCAGGGAGAUCAAGAUGAGACCAAAGAAUCUUGCAAACAUCACAGACUCUAAGAAUUACCUUAUCAUCCAGAUCACUGAAGUACAACAUGCUAUUGAUCAACUUAAGAGAAAACUGGAUACUGACAAAAUGAAACUCAUAAUAGAAAUUAAGAUGAGAAAACAAGCAAUUUCAGAUUUACGCACAAUGAAAGCUGAACUGGCACAGAGGAACUUAAUACAACUUUUCAAUCUCAAUUAGUUCCUGGGAAGGUACCUAGUUAGAAGCUCAACAGGUGACUUUGUUUAUGACGGAACAGUCAGUUCAAAAGUUAAUGUCUGAAUAUAGGGAGAAUUGGCUCCUGCAAUACAUCGUGACCAGGCCAGACUUC